AUGGGCAAGAACAAUGCUUUCUCGAAAGAUGACGAUGAAGAAGCCAAACUACUGGCAUCACUGGGUUCUUCCAUGCAAGAAGCCACUGCUUAUGAAGCCAACGUGAUUGACGAGGCCGAGCGAAACAUGGCGCCACCCUUGACUGGGAUGGGAUUUCCACCUCUUCAUGCUCUGGCGCCUUCUGGGAAUGCUCAAAGUCACCUUCAAGACGUUCAAAAUAUACUACAAAAGACGAGGAAUCAACUUGCUCAGCAUCCAACCUCCACCAAGUUAUUUCUAAAGCAACAGAUGCUGUUGAAUUUGCUUCAAUCCGCGUCUAGCGAUAUGGACUUUUUGAUUCGACCGCAAGAAGAGUUCCGACAAGAAAUGAAUCGAAAGAAGCUGUUGCAGAAUCCAACAAACAAUGGAAAAGAAGCAUCAUCGUCAUUAGCAUCUGCAUCUACAUCUACAUCUACAACUGACCUAUCCUUGCCGAGGAGAAAGGCAACCAAGAAGGACAAGUCAAGCAUGCGUCCACCUCCCAACAAAGUGCGGGAAGAAGCAACGACUCCACAAAAUGCUAGCGAGCGCUUGGAAGCGAUCAAAAAGGGAGCCCAACAAUCCAGUAAUAAUGCAAAACUACGUCGCAAACGAGUCUCCAUGCAAGCACGAAAACGUGGUGGAAAGGAUGAUGAUGACGAUGAUGACGAUAAAAUGGAUGCCGACCCGGAAUCAUCAGACUAUAAGCAACGCCUCCUCCAAAUCCGAAAGGACCGCGAGAAGCGACGAGAAAAAAGAAGACGGCGAUUGGGAGUAAAAGUGGAAGACGAAGAAGAAGAAGAAGACGAAGAAGAGCUUGAAUUUGAAAUGGACGAUGGGGAUCCAGCACAAGAAACAAAAGAAAGACCCAAAAAGAAGCAAGCAGUUGUUGCUCGUCCUCCACCACCGCCGCCGCCAAUGCAAACGGUGAAUUGUCCGCUUUGUCAGAUACCUCUAGAGUUUCCAAUGGACAGCAAUGUCGAUGCAGAACUAUCCCAACACUUGAGCAUUUGUCAAACUAGUGGCAGAAGGACAAGGGGGCAAUCGCGGACAACCUCAAUCCGAGCAUCUCGACGAGCGGUAAAUUACUCCGAAGCCGUGAAUGAUGAAGAUGAAGAAGUAGGUGUUGGUGGAAUGAACACCAUCAAGAUGGAGGCUGAUGAUGAUGACGAUGAUGAUGAUGAUGUGGAAGUAAUUCCUGUGGAAAGUGAUGGCGAGGAAGAAGUGUUGGUUGCGGAUAAGGAUGAGAAUCCAAGUGACCCUGAAUCAUCAUGUACGAAAAGAAAAGCAGCGCGCAAACGAAAACUCAAAAUGUUACCACCAGCGCUGCUACCUCCAACCGCCAUGGAUGAUUGGGAGGACUAUGAUUAUGAAGACAGAGUGGAUGACUGGGUUGAAUCAGGGAUACAAAAGAUGAAGACCAUGAGGGAACGCGAUGCAGACGAAACUCCUCCAGGAGAAGAGAUAUUUGAUGGUGGACUCGCCAUUCCGGCGUGGAUCAAUGAUCGUUUGUUUCCAUAUCAGAGAACAGCGGUCCGGUGGAUGUGGGAGCUUCAUCAGCAACAAGCUGGAGGGAUUGUCGGGGAUGAAAUGGGGCUGGGAAAGACGGUCCAAAUAUCUGCCUUUCUUGGGUCGAUGGCUGCUAGUCGAAAGCUGAAGAGUGUGUUGAUCAUUAGUCCUGCGACCAUGUUGCAGCACUGGCUGAAGGAACUAUCGAUUUGGGCUCCAGGGAUUCGUCGAAUCUUGAUACAUCAGUCAGGGGAAGGAGCGUAUGGGGAUAAACGCAACAUUUCCGAUGCUGUACUAAGGCGUACCCACCAGUGGUUGAAAGAUAGCCGAAGGACACGUCUCUAUGAAGCUAUCGAUGAAGAAGAUUACGAGACUAGAGAUCCAAGCUCCUUUUGUGGAACUGCUUAUGCGUUUAUCACGACGUAUGAAAACGUCCGGCGCAACUCUAACAUUUGGACGAAUCAUCGAUGGAGCUAUGUGGUGAUGGAUGAAGCUCAAAAGAUCCGGAAUCCCGAUGCAGAUAUAACGCUCGUUUGCAAACGCCUUCGAACGCCGCAUCGUCUUGCCCUGAGUGGAACUCCAAUUCAGAAUGAUCUGAAAGAGUUGUGGUCCUUAUUUGACUUCGUAUUUCCUGGACGACUUGGUACCUUGCCAACCUUUGAACAAGAAUUUGCCGAUCCAAUCAGACGAGGAGGAUAUUCAAAUGCGUCACCAAUGCAAGUGCAAGUUGCAUAUCGCUGCGCACUCAUACUCAAGGACCUGAUCAAUCCAUACCUGCUUCGCAGACUGAAGAAAGACAUCAAAGAGGUCAAUCGAAUGCCUGGAAAGAAAGAACAAGUGCUAUUUUGCCGGUUGACGAGUCAGCAACGAGUCCUAUAUGAGUCGUUUCUCCAAUCUGAUCUGAUCAAGAGUGUUAUGCGAGGAUCUGCGCAGCUAUUAGGGGCGAUCACUAUGCUUCGCAAGAUCUGCAAUCACCCAGACUUGGUUUGUCCACCAAAUAGGUCUUCUAUUGAUACCUUCAUCCAGAAGGGCUUUGUCGACGAAAACGAUCUGGGUGCAUGCGAUGACGAUGAUGAUUCAAUCGACAACGAAGAAACACUGACGGAUCGCUCCGGGAAACUGGAAGUACUAGCUAAGAUAUUACCGUUAUGGCAUAAGCAGGGACAUCGCGUCUUGAUUUUUUGUCAGUGGAAGAAGAUGUUGAACAUCAUUCAAAGAUUCAUGAUAUCAAGGGGAUGGAAAUUUGGCCGCUUAGAUGGGAACACAAAUGUUGCCUCUCGGCAACGUCUAGUCGACAACUUCAAUGAUGACGAGUCGACUUUUGCCAUGCUUUGUACUACGCGAACAGGUGGUGUAGGUCUCAAUCUUACGGGCGCCGAUCGCAUCAUACUGUACGACCCCGACUGGAAUCCACAGACAGACGCUCAAGCCCGAGAACGUGCAUGGAGAUUUGGACAGGAAAAAGAGGUUGUCAUUUUCCGAUUGAUUUCAGCAGGCACAGUCGAAGAGAAGAUCUAUCAACGGCAGAUAUUCAAAACUGCUCUUUCAAAUAAGGUCCUUCAGGAUGCUCGUCAGCGUCGCUUAUUCUCACAGAAGGACUUGAAAGACCUUUUCACGCUGAAAGCUGAUGGUGGGAGUGUAAUCUCUGGCGGUGACGGUCUUACUGAGACGGGUGAAUUGACAAAAGGAGAUGGGUUCGUCGAUCCCGACGAAGGGCCUGCGCCGGAGGAAUCCAACGAUGAUGGUGAGACAAUGAGAACUGUUUUGAAAAGCAAGGGACUUGCGGGCGUAUUUGAUCAUGGCAUGAUCGAAAACAAUGGUAGCAGCAAGAAACCUUCCGUUCGGGAGAUGGAAGUCAAGGCUAAGCGAAUCGCAAAAGAAGCUGCGACUGCUUUGGAGGCUAGCGUAUCAGCAAGCAGAGUCUUCGCUCCGACCUGGACUGGUUCCGCGGAGACACAAGGAGGAAGGUUUGGUACCGGGGCACCUGGUCCAUUUCCCAUUGGCCGAUCUCCUAGUACAGGAGCAGGCGUAUCAGCAUUUACCCCGAAGUCUUCUUCCGGAAGCCUCCUAUCGUCCAUUCGGAACCGAAACACCAUGGUGAAAUCGAACGGAGAGCAAACAGAAAAUUCUACGAAGCAGUACACAGAACUUCUCAAGCGCAUUCGAGACUAUGUCAAGCAUGAGAUACCAACAACUGAUCAAAUCCUUGAUCAUUUUGAAUCGGUUCCGAACUAUGACGCUGCCAUAUUUCGGCGACUCCUCAAAUCGAUUGCGACCUUCAGGAACGGUCGAUGGAGGCUAAAGUAA